AUGGCGACCAAGGCGAUCUGUGACGCCGACGGCUGGACGGACCUCCGCCUCGUCAUCUUCAAGUUGAGGCCCCGUCUUCAACCCCGCAGGAAGCCUCAAGGUGAACGACCUCCAGGUAAUUUAGAUACCGCCUUACUGUUUUUGCCUCCCUACCAUUCAGAUUCCGACAAUCAGUUAGCUCAGCACCUGGAAGACCUGCCGGCCCCGGACGACAACGCUAGCGUAGAGACUAGGUGGCUUCAACUGCAGAACGUCGUCCACCCGACUGCCCUGAGCCUCCUAGGUCGUGCACGUCACUAA